AGGAAAGUGAGCAUCAAGCAGAAUUGUUCCGCCAUGCAAGUCCUCCGCCAUCUCAGGAACAACUGGAAGUGUUCCGCGAAAUUCUGCAACAGCAACAUAGCCUGAACAAGCAGAACAAAAAUAAAGAUCAAGUCAUGCUUCAUCUUCUCCAGCAUCAAGAAAUGGAGCCGGAAGAUUUGGAGGAAGAAGCAAUGCUGGCGCUUGUGGAGAGUGAAAGCAACGAAGAAGGGGAGAUGAAGAUGGCGGAGAGGCGGCAAGUAACAUCGCAUAGGCCGUUCCUCAAUGAGGGAAGUAUCGGUGCAGUACCGAGAACACCAGCAGUAGUACCGAAACGCAGAGAAUUAGUAACAGUUCGUGAAAUUGCAUUGUUACAUUUUUAG